AAAAUAAAACACUGAAUUCCACAUCUGUCAUCUUCUCUGGCUGAACAUAAACAAAUCUUGUAUUGCGGCGACCAAGACUCAAUCCUCUGUGCGUUGAAUUUCAGAGCCUUCCCUUAAGGGCUUCAGAACUUCACAAGUCCCAAUUUGAACGUUUCAAGCAAACUCACGCAUUGCUUCAUGCAGUAGAGGAAAAGGGCGGCCUCACUGAGCGUUAACAAGCCGAGAAAGGUGAAGGGCCAUGGCGGGUCGUAGAGACGGGUCGUUGAUGAGGGACAAGGGCCAAUCGCCUCGCGGAUCUCGAAUUGUUGUAGCCAUUGUGAUCGGAGUUCUUCUCGGGUGCGUCUUCGCCGUCUUGUACCCUCACGGACUCUUCAGCUCCCAUCCGCCAAUCCAGAGCCGUCAAAUCGGUAAAUCGGAUGUCCAGAUUGGUCCAUCCUCAUGUGAAUCGCCAGAGCGGAUUAACAUGCUGAAGUCAGAUAUUCAAUCACUGUUGGAGAAGAAUGCUGAGUUGAACAAGCAGGUCAAGGGUCUAACGGAAAACCUGCGGCUGGCUGAACAAGGAAAGGAUCAUGCGCAGAAGCAGUUUUUGGUGCUGGGUGAAAAGCACAAGGCUGGCCCUUUCGGUACCGUCAAGGGUUUGAGAACUAACCCAACUGUCAUUCCUGACGAAUCUGUGAAUCCAAGAUUGGCAAAGAUCUUGGAGGAAGUCGCUAUUCAGAAAGAAAUUAUAGUUGCUCUUGCAAACUCAAAUGUCAAAAGCAUGUUGGAGGUCUGGUUUACUAGCAUCAAGAAUGUGGGUAUUCCUAAUUAUCUAGUUGUAGCUCUAGAUGACCAUAUUGAAGAAUUCUGCAAAUCUAAUGAUGUUCCAGUCUACAAGAGAGAUCCAGAUAAGGGUAUUGAUUCAAUUGCAAAGGUAGGAGGUAACCAUGCUGUCUCUGGACUGAAAUUUCGCAUUUUGAGGGAGUUUUUACAACUGGGUUAUAGUGUUCUUCUCUCGGAUGUUGAUAUAGUAUACUUGCAGAACCCGUUUGAUUAUAUUUAUCGGGAUUCAGACGUUGAGUCUAUGACCGAUGGUCACAAUAAUAUGACAGCUUAUGGAUUUAAUGAUGUCUUUGAUGAACCUGCCAUGGGUUGGGCUCGAUAUGCUCAUACUAUGAGGAUAUGGGUUUACAAUUCUGGUUUCUUUUAUAUAAGGCCUACACUUCCUUCAAUUGAGCUGUUGGAUCGUGUGGCUGGUCGGCUUUCUCGUGAGCCAAAGUCAUGGGACCAAGCAGUCUUUAAUGAGGAGCUCUUUUACCCCUCACAUCCAGGUUAUGAUGGGCUUCAUGCUGCCAAGAGAACUAUGGAUUACUAUCUUUUUAUGAACAGCAAGAUCCUUUUCAAGACAGUAAGGAAAGAUGCAAAACUAAAAAAGUUGAAGCCAGUAAUUGUUCAUGUAAAUUACCACCCAGAUAAGCUUCCAAGAAUGAAAGCAGUUGUAGAGUUCUAUGUUAAUGGCAAUCAAAAUGCGCUAGAACCUUUCCCAGAUGGUUCUCAGUGGUAGAAAUAGAGCUGCAGGAUGGGUGCAGCAGUUCACUUUUGGUGUGAUCAUCGGAUACAGAUAGAUUAGUUUGAUUUCAGCUCCAGAGAGCUAUUGGAAGUAUCCUUUGAAAUGUCCCCACGGUUUUUAAUCUAAAUUUUGCUUUUGAUUGCUCAAUAACUUUUGGUUUAUUUCACUUGAAGACCUCUUUGAUAGACCACUGUUUUAUAUCAUGUAUACCAACAAAUCUCAUUCAAAAGUCAGUUGUACACUGUACCAUUGCUGGGUCUGUAUUUCUGUAGAUCUUGAUUACUUUGAACUCUUCUCUAAUAAUUGAUUUGCUUAGUAAGGGUUUUCUUUCUUUCA